CAUUCUGUGAAUAAACGCCACCCACUACCUACAUCACCUAAAUUUAGCCCUUCAAGACAGCAUUCUCUCAAAACGUCUUCAUCUCAUGAUGAAAAAGAAAGUCCUACUAAACCUAUCAUAGCUCCACUUGGAGAAAAUUCUUUUGUAGAAAAGACAGUGACUUUUGCUGGGUACUCUGGAAGUGAUGAUGAGGAAACAAGUGAAGAAGUAACACAUUCUUCAGAAUCUGCAUCAAACAUUGAUAUUUUAAAGAACCAAACUGUUCCAGACAAAAUGCUCUCCCAUACUUUUAUAAAGAAGGGAAAAGAGGCUCAAGAAAAUCAUCCUGAUAUGUACAGAGUUACAAAAAAAAAGCCUUCUUUCUUUUUACACAGAGAUGAUGAAAAUGACAUUCUUGAAAUAGCAGUACAAGGUUUUAUGCAUGUUCUGGGAAUUGAGGAUGAAUCUCUAUUCAAAGGGAGAGUAAGUGUGAAGGAGGUUCCAGCUGGUGUAUGUGUACUAAAGGAAGGAUGCCAAGAAGAUACAGCACUGUUUUAUGUAAUUUGUGGAGGACUUGUAGUUACACAAAAAUCAGUGGAUAAAGAUGAGCAGAGCACACUACACAUUGCUCACUCAGGUGAAGUUGUUGGAGGUAUGGCUGUUAUCACUGGUGAACCCUCUUUGUUUUCAAUAACUACCAGACCUCACAGCAAAAUUGGAGUUAUCAGUGCUAAGAACACAUAUGAAAUCCUCCGACAGAGACCUUUAGCUGUCCUGAACCUGGUUCACACUAUAAUUGUUAGACUGUCGUCAUUUGUUCGACAGAUAGACUUUGCUCUUGAUUGGAUGAAUGUGGAAUCUGGUAGAGCCCUAUAUAGGCAAGAUGAUAUAUCAGAUUGCAUGUACAUUGUUCUAAGUGGACGACUGAGGUCUGUACUGACCCGACAAGAUGGAAAGAAGGAACUGGCUGGUGAAUAUGGCAGAGGUGAUCUUGUUGGAAUUGUUGAGGUACUAACUCAAACAGCAAGAGCAACAACUGUAAUGGCUGUAAGAGAUUCUGAGUUGGCUAAACUUCCUGAAGGUUUAUUGAAUGCUAUCAAGAUAAAGUAUCCUGUGGUUGUCACUCGGCUUAUAAAACUUCUAGGACAUCGUAUUCUUGGGACUUUGCAGAAAGGGGAAACAAUAUCAGGCAAGGCUGCAACUAUUGGUUCCCGUCCAUUUGGCUGUAAUUUUGCAACAGUUGCCAUCCUAAGUGUUUCUGAUGAUGUGCCUCUUUAUACAUUCACUAUGGAGCUUUAUCACUCCCUCACUACUAUUGGGCCAACUUUAAUGCUAACAUCUGAUCUUAUAAGAACUAAUUUGGGACCUUUGGCACUGGAAGGCACCAAUGAGUACAGACUUUGUAGUUGGCUUGGUCAGCAAGAAGACCAGCACAGAAUUGUUCUCUAUCAGUGUGACUCCAGGUUUUCCACGUGGACACAGCGCUGUAUCCGACAAGCAGACUGUAUCCUAAUUGUGGGGCUCGCUGAUCAGGAACCAACUGUGGGAGAAGUGGAACAUCAACUUGAAAAUCUUGCUGUCAGAACCCAAAAAGAACUGAUCCUACUGCAUCGGGAGGGAAAUGACAAACCUCGCAAUACAGUAGAAUGGCUAAAUAUUAGAUCGUGGUGCUCAUCUCAUCAUCACAUCCAGUGUCCAAAAAGAAUGUUCACAAAGAAGUCUCGAUCUCGUUUGAAGGAGAUGUAUAACAAGUUAUUUGAGAGUGCUCCAAACAUUCAUUCAGAUUUUUCUCGACUCUCUCGUUUUUUGACUGGGACAUCCAUUGGGCUAGUUCUAGGAGGAGGUGGAGCCAGAGGGUCAGCUCAUGUAGGAAUGAUUAGAGCCAUUCAGGAAGCUGGUAUUCCUAUUGAUAUGGUUGGUGGAGUUAGCAUUGGUGCUUUUAUGGGUGCCCUAUGGUGCCAGGAAAAGGAUGUGACAACUUUUAUCCAAAAAGCGAGAGAAUGGUCAAUGGUAAAGAUGACUUCGUACUGGAGAACUGUGAUUGACCUGACCUAUCCCAUGACUGCAAUGUUCACAGGGUCUCAAUUUAACCAUGUUAUACAUGAAGUGUUUGGGGAGAGACAGAUUGAAGACUUAUGGCUACCUUUCUUUACUGUCACAACAGACAUAACAGAAAGCUGCAUGCGUGUUCAUACUCAUGGCUCGCUGUGGCGUUAUGUCCGUUCCAGCAUGUCCUUGUCAGGCUACAUGCCUCCUUUGUGUGACCCCAUAGAUGGGCACCUGCUGCUGGAUGGAGGGUAUGUCAACAAUCUACCAGGUAGCCUGUGGCGGUAUGUGCGGGCCAGCAUGACUUAUGCUGGGCUUUUUCCACCGCUCUGCGACCCCACUGAUGGGCACUUGCUUCUCGACGGCUGCUACGUCAACAAUUUACCAGCUGAUGUCAUGAGGGAAAGGGGAGCUGAAACAAUUAUUGCUAUUGAUGUGGGAAGUCAAGAUGAACAAGACCUUACAAACUAUGGAGAUACUUUGAAUGGGUGGUGGCUAUUAUGGAAACGAUGGAACCCUUGGUCCAGCCCAGUUCGAGUUCCGAGUCUUCCCGAAAUUCAGUCUCGUCUUGCAUAUGUUAGUUGUGUACGGCAGUUGGAGCAAGUAAAACGUAGUGAUUACUGUACAUAUGUUAGACCCCCUAUUGACAAGUACAAAACAUUGCAGUUUGGAUGUUUUGAUGAGAUAAUGGAGGUUGGUUUUCAACAUGGAAAGGCAUUGUUUACAACUCUUAAACAUGGUCACAAGUCACUCCACAGUUUCUUACAUCAUGAGAAAACAGAAUAUUAUCACCAGAAGAAGAGUCUACAGCAUGCAUCUUUCACUGAUCUUGCUGCGAUGGUGUGCCAGAUUCAAGAACCUAGACGUUCCUCUUUAUAUGAUGCUCCACCAGAGGAAGUUGAGGAAGAUGAAGCUGAUGAAAGAGAAGUUGGCUAUUCUUCAGAACCAGAAACUAAUUUCCUUGGAGAACUUGACAAGAACCAGAAAGAUUUAGAGUACUCGUCAGAACCAGAAUUUGCUGGAAACAUGCCAGAUGAUGAUGACCAAGAUGAUAUGUCUCCAAUACAUUCUAGAAAGAUCAGAUCUUCCUCUCAUUCUGAAUAUUUGGAAGGAGAAGCUGAAGAACUGUGAUUUUAGUACUGCUGGACUGUCUUAUAUGGAAUGCUGAGUCAUAAUCUCCACCUAAGAGAGAAGGGGGAAUGAUAACUUUAAGUACUUUGGAGGAAUAUCUGAAAAGAAGAUUAAGUUUUGACCAUUGGUUUUUCAUGUACUUAAAGGAUAAUAUUGAUUGACAGUUUAAUUGAUUUAGAAACAACCAUUAAAAAGAAAUAGCUCUAACUUUAUUCCUAGCAUCUUGGAUGAGGAUGAUAGAGUACUGUGAUUUGGUGUAAAGUCAGUAAAGUAUCCUAUAAAACAGAUAUGUAUAUAUAUAUACCAAUCUUUUUCUGGUAAUUUGGUUGUUCACACAAUGGCACAGGACAUAAAGAUUUAAUCUAUUUAUAUUAUUUUAUAUGACCUUGAUAAUACUGCAACUGCAAAUCUUCAUUGUUGUUUGUAUGAGUUUUAGGUAUAUGUGGUAGAAAUAACUUUUGUUUUGUUAACUCAUUAAUUCCAUAGAGAUACUAUUAGACGAAAGUGUUGAAUCUUCCACAAUUUAUAAAAAUAAAAGUUCAGAAAUACCUUGUGGUAGCAGUAGAUGCUGGUGAUGUUAAAAUGAAGAGAGAGAGUGCAAUUAUGAGACUUGUAUUAAAAUUAAGUUUCCCUUUCUAAAUAUCAUCAGUACUUUAUUGUUUAUUCUUUUGUAAAAUUUGAAUUAGAUUCAUUGUAAUAUGUGUGUUUAAGUAAUCGUAGUUUUAUAAUAGUGAAUGUAUUAUUUCGUGCAUAUUUAAUAAUAUACGACAGUAGGAGGUCCCAAAUUGGAGAUAUUGAAAGAGCAUUAUAGGCAUUGAUUGUUGAUUUUUUUCUAUUUCUUCUUGUUGGCUUUAUAAUUGUUGAUUAGUUUAAACUAUGUUUCAACUAAAAGUUAAGAAGGAUGUUAGAUAUCCUGAAUAAGAAGUAGAAGAGUUGUAGAACCAUUAGGUUUUCUUAAAGUAGAGUACUGGGGUCAUUAAAUUGAAUAAAAAGUAUAUUUCACACCAAAAACAAUUUUUCAAAUUAAUAUGGCCUAACACUUUUUUUACAAUUUUCAUUGGAGUUUCUAAAAUUUACUUACAAAGUAAAAUACCCUUUAGUAUAUAAAUUUUAUUUUUUUAGUUAAAUGUAGUUCAUGUUUAUUGUGUUCCAAUGUACUAAACUAAUAGAAAUUCUUAGUUAUAUUAUUGAUUAACUGCCAAAUGCUAUUCUAAACAUAUACAUAAUAUUAUAUGGAAAACAUUUAACAAUUAGGAGAGCAAUUUCUAUUUUAGAUUUAUCAUAUACUGCAAAAUACAAUAACUAUGCCAUUACAUGUGUUUAUGAUUAUGUUGAAUUUAGUAUGGAUAUCUUAAUAGGUUUGUCAUUGAUAAAGCUGUGGAUUUGUUUCAAUGUAUGAUAUACUUCAUUGGAGAAGUAUAUAUUCAAAUCCUCAUUACAUAUUCUAAUUUUAAAUAUUUGUAUUCAAUUCAAAAGAAUAUAUACUGGUUGGAAUAUACAGCUAUAAUCUGUUAAAAUAGGGUUAGUGAAGUCAUAUUUAUUUACCUCAGCUUGAUACUGUUAUUCUUUAUAAAACUCUGUUAUUUAAAACUCAACAUAAUUGUUGAAUUGGCCUAACUUACAGUUUAAUUACUGAAUUGGUGAAUUGGCCUUUCUUACUGUUUAAUUACUAAUCAAAAAGUGAAAAUAAGGCCAUGUAUUAUUUUUUUAUCAUACUUUUCACUUUUUUUCUUUUUUUUUCUAGAAUCUUUAUUUACAUGGCUGAAAGUAGUUGAAAGUUGUGGCUAAAUUAAAGAUAUAUUCAUUCUAAAUAAAGAUAUAAUAAUUAAUAUAAAAAUAUAUAUACAUAGAACUAGCAACUAGUUACUUCAUGUAACAUGGUAGUUUGCAUAAAGAUUUAUUUUUUUUAGUUUUUGUUUUGAAUUUCAUGAGCAGCCAGUUUUUUUGGAAGACACUAGUCAGUUGGAAUGUAUAAAACUUAUUCUGAACAUUUUUUCAUUAUACACGAACACAAAGAGCCUGUUAUUUUAGCUACUCAUUGUCAGUUUGGAAUUAUUCAGUGUACAUUUACAGCAGAAAAACGUUUAUUCACAUAGGCCUUGUUUUUUAAUAUACUUUCCAGUUGGUUGUUAUCUCUGGAGUCCAUCGAUGGCUGAAAGGUGCCAUAAUUAAUCAAUGCAAAUUUGUACAUAUUGUAAUUUGUAUAAUCAAAUAUAUUGAUAGAUAAUAACAAAAAAUAAAACAUAGUUUUUACUUUU